CCAGAUGUCCGCUCAGCCCGCUGAGCAGGAGCUGGCUCUCCAAGGGCUCUUCGAGGAUGCCAAGGGCUAAAAGAAACAUAACGGUCCUCUUGUGGACGAGUCCACAAGGUGUGAAAGGGAUCGGAUAUGGAAGCUCUGGGAAGGCUUUUGUCACUUGGCCAAGAUAGACUCCGCUCGCGUCGGGGAAGAUUUUCUUCAGCAGCGGGAUACAGCGACCAAGGCGAUCCAAGUAUUCCUUACCAGUUACGUGCGGAAUUCAUUUCAGAUGCGCUUCGUUCUCGACGCGCGCGAGCGCGCAAAGAUGCGCACGGUCACAAACGCUUCGAGCGUUGUAGGGGUCUGGAGGGGGCUCGUUGCCGCCGCUGAUUUCUAUAUCAUGGAGCCCAAGAGGCGGGCUCAACCCAAGAAGGCCCGUUUCUGGAGACUCCAGUGGCUCCACGUCGUAGAGGGCCGCAUUGCAGGGCCUGGAUUCAAGGUCGUCUUGUGGAUCUAUGAGAAUUUGGCGUCGAAGGAGGACUUGGUCCUCGACUCGCCGUACCAAAAAGUCGCGGCGACGCCUUCGACUGUCAGAAAGAUCCUCUUCAACCUGUGGGUAAAGGCGGCCUACAUCCCCUGCACUCCGCUCACGAGGCUGUGCGUCCACAUUAUCGACCUGCUGUCUGCUCUUGGCGGCUUCCGGCCCAAGUCCUUGCGCAGGAUGAAGUUUUCUCAGUUUCAGCUUGCAUUCAUCACCCUCCCCGACGGUAGAACCAGGCUGGCUUGCGAGGUCCGCAUCAAAAGAAUCAAGUUUGAGCGGCGUCAGAAGUGCAACUCAAAGUUGUCUCCAUGGAUCGUCUUCACAGUUAUGGCCAAUCCCGACCCACUCUUCGAUCUUCCCGACCUCAUCGCAUGUCUAGGGAUCGCGUCAAACGCCUUUGAGGCAGAGUACACCUCACCUGAACAUCUCUACACUCGGCCCCUUCGAGAGAAGGCUAACUAUGUCCCACUGAGAUGGAAGAAAUCUAUGUUGGACAACUACAUCGUCGACAUUUCCUACACCACUUUGCGUAACGUGUGGGAGCGUACGUGUCUCGUGAGCGGCGCCAGGGAUGUUCCUCGUUAUUACUGCCUGCGAGUUGGGGCAGGUGGCAGAACGAUAGGCGCGCUCGGGGAGGUCCUGCACUGUUACAUAUUCUCCAACUCGAUCGACGUGUUUAAGAAUAGUUACCAGGCAUCUCUCUCAGCUAACCUCCUCGAACUCUUAACGGAGGAGGCGAAGCAGGAUCGGCCUUUCCUGGCUGCCCAGGAUGACUUCCGUUUCACCGCCGAUGAGGACGCGCCAAUCGAUCUAACGAAGCACGAGCUCGCUGAAUUCGAACGUCGCAACGAUAUUACUGCGUAUCGUGAGGCAAUCAAGAAUGCUACUGGACGUGAGAGAAUCUUGUUGCGAGAUCGGUGCGGCGCUGAAAUCAAAUCGCUGUCGGCCCUUUACCUCGACCUCAAGAGAGCCCGGUUUUUCGCCCAGAUUGAUGGGCAUCGAGCUCGCGGCUUACCAACAGACGGCAUCCGAUCUAAGGCCCUUCAGGAGAGGACUGCCCUUUCGCUGACUUACAGCGGAGCUACCAUAGCUCACUUUUUUUGCAGGCCAGCGAUAUGCCGGCAGAUCGGGCGGGCAACAUCCGUUGGAUGGAACUUCUUCUGGACAACCUACGUGGAAGGGGCCCUGGUGCAGCAACAACAACAGCAGCAACAAGGGGGCCCCAAUUUCAGUGUCUCCUCUGCGAGGCGCGAUUUACCAAGCACUUUUCCCUCACGAGGCAUACCGGGGCGAUUCACGAGGACCAACUUUUACGGCCAUUCAAGUGUCCUGCUUGUGCCAGAUGUGGGAAGGAUGUCGAAGUAACCGGCUCAGAGGCGUGGUCUAUCCAUUGCGCAACUUCUCACGGCCCAAAGUUCACUCCGAACCCUAUCGCCAAAGCCAUCCGUUGUUUCUGUGGCUCGAGAAUUUCACCUACC